AUGCCCGCUUCCUCUCCACUCUCCGCCUCACUCCAUCGCUCCUUGCUAACACCCUCUGCCAUCACUCCAACCCUUCACUCCAUCAUCAUCAUCUUCUCUAUUCUCUCUGCCUCGUGUCCAACCCUGCAGCUCCCUUCACGCGAGGCCAUCUACAAGGCACACCCCGACAUCAUACCCGCUUCCCCAUCACGAUCCCCCACGUCCUCUGCUUUCAACGCUUCUCCACCCUUCACUUCCUCCUCUGCUGGGUUUCCUUCCACUGGGAUCAGCGGCUCGUGCUGCCUUGGCACGAGUUCGUUCAGAGCAGCAGCAGUGCCGCGUGUGCUCAAGUGCUCCAAACGCACUGUUGCUGAGUGCAUGCAAGCACAGGCAGCACAGCGAGCAGGAGUGCCAGCAGAAUUGGCAUCUGUGGAGUCAAUACAGCUUGAGGAGAAUAGAAGUGGCAAGAGUCCUGGGCAUGGGACAGCAACAUCGGCAGCAUUGGCAGCAUCGACAGUAUCUGUAGCGUCGUGCAUCCAGCUGCUACAGUUGGGGGGAAUGGGAGGAUUGGGAGGGUUCGAGCCUCCUUGGAUUCGACCGCUGCCGCCCCUGCUGCCCCCGCAACCAGGCGAGAUGGAUGGAAUUUCCAAGAGGAGGGAGUCAGACGGGAGUGGGUUCGAGGGGAGUGGGUUCGAGGGGAGUGGGUUCGACCGGAGUGGGUUCGAGGGGAGUGGGUUCGAGGGGAGUGGGUUCGAGGGGAAUGGGUUCAACCGGAGUGGGUUUGAGGGGAGUGGGUUCAAGGGGAGUGGGUUCGACGGGAGUGGGUUCGAGGGGAGUGGGUUCGUCGGGAGUGGGUUCGACGGGUGUGGGUUCGACGGGAGUGGGUUCGACGGGAGUGGGUUCGACGGGAGUGGGUUCCAGGGGAGUGGGUUCCAGGGGAGUGGGUUCCAGGGGAGUGGGUUCGACGGGAGUGGGUUCGACGGGAGUGGGUUCGACGGGAGUGGGUUCGACGGGAGUGGAUUCGUCGCCCUGCCCGACCUCGAUGCAUGUGCGCUCACUCUCACUCCCUCCCUUUUCCUCCUCCCCCGUUUACCCCUCCCUGCGUAUAUCUGCCCCCAGCCUCUAGUGGAGCACAAUCCAGACAUCGCUGCAUGUGCGCUCACUCUACUGCUGGCAUCGCAGCCCGCUUUUGAGUACCUGGAGGUGCUGUCUCAGCUGCCCCUCACGCUCCACUCACUAGAGGUGGUCAGCCGGGUGGCAAAGGCCGUUGACUUGCCGCCCGAUUUCAUCCACUCGUAUGCCAGCCACUGCAUGCGGUGCUGUGAGGAGACCAAGGUGGGUGGCUUUGAAUUUGAUGCGAUUGAGUGGCUGUUCAGUAGAGGCUGCCACCCAGUCGUUAGAAUGAGUGAGUGCUGA